AUGAGCACAGGCCUGCGGUACAAGAGCAAGCUGGCGACCCCAGAGGACAAGCAGGACGUUGACAAGCAGUACGUGGGCUUUGCCACACUGCCCAACCAGGUGCACCGCAAGUCUGUGAAGAAGGGCUUCGACUUCACGCUCAUGGUGGCCGGGGAGUCGGGCCUGGGGAAGUCCACGUUGGUCCACAGCCUCUUCCUGACGGACCUCUACAAGGAGCGGAAGCUGCUGAGUGCCGAGGAACGCAUCAGCCAGACGGUUGAGAUCCUGAAGCACACGGUGGACAUCGAAGAGAAGGGGGUGAAGCUGAAGCUCACCAUCGUGGACACGCCGGGCUUCGGGGACGCCGUCAACAACUCUGAGUGCUGGAAGCCCGUCACGGACUACGUGGACCAGCAGUUCGAGCAGUACUUCCGGGACGAGAGCGGCCUCAACCGCAAGAACAUCCAGGACAACCGUGUGCACUGCUGCCUGUACUUCAUCUCCCCUUUCGGGCACGGGCUGCGGCCGGUGGACGUGGGCUUCAUGAAGGCCCUGCACGAGAAGGUGAACAUCGUGCCCCUCAUCGCCAAGGCCGACUGUCUUGUCCCAGGGGAGAUCCGGAAGCUGAAAGAGCGGAUCCGGGAAGAGAUCGACAAGUUUGGGAUCCACGUGUACCAGUUUCCUGAGUGCGACUCGGACGAGGAUGAGGACUUCAAGCAGCAGGACCGGGAAUUGAAGGAGAGCGCACCCUUCGCUGUUAUCGGCAGCAACACGGUGGUGGAGGCCAAGGGACAGCGGGUCCGGGGGCGUCUGUACCCCUGGGGGAUCGUGGAGGUGGAGAACCAGGCGCACUGCGACUUCGUGAAGCUUCGCAACAUGCUAAUCCGCACGCACAUGCACGACCUCAAGGACGUGACCUGCGACGUGCACUACGAGAACUACCGUGCGCAGUGCAUCCAGCAGAUGACCAGCAAGCUGACGCAGGACAGCCGCAUGGAGAGCCCCAUACCCAUCCUGCCACUGCCCACGCCUGACGCCGAGACUGAAAAGCUCAUCAGAAUGAAAGAUGAGGAGCUAAGGCGGAUGCAAGAAAUGCUGCAGAAAAUGAAGCUGCAGAUGCAGGACCAGUGACGGCCGCAGCCCACGCGCCAUAACUGUGCUGCCGGCUUCCGGGCUGGCCCUUCCCACCCCUGGACCCCGACGGGCCUGGACUCGACGCCGGAUUCGUCUGGGUCGCCCAUAGGCCCGGACGCGACCCCCCACCCCAGACCUGGUUUUUUUCCCCUCUUGUUCUCAGAGACGCUGGGUCACAGCCCCCAGCCAACCCUAAUUUAUUGUCAGCAUCGGCCCCUCCCCUCGUUUGUAUCUGCUUCCCAGCGGCCUGGACGGUGGCACCCCCACAUCCAGUCGUCUUUGGUUUUGAGGCGCUGGAUCUAAGUUGGGUGGUGACUUCUGAGAUCUGCCCCCAACUGGAAGGUCACUGAACUGACUCCAGGCCCUAUUUACAUGGGCGGGAGAACCAAGGCAGAGUGGGGGUGGGGGGGCCCAUCCCCGGGACCCUGGCCUGUUUCCCUACUCGGAGCCUCCCUUUGGGCCCCCGUGGGCCAGGGCCUUCUUACCCUUUCCCCCACUCACCAGGCACCUCUGCGCACAGGUUGGGAGCGGAAGUGAUUAGGCUCCCUCCCGAUCUAAGGAGGUCAGCUGGCUGCAGGGGACAGUAAUGCGGCCGGGCUUCGCAGUGAAUGCCCGAGCGCCUCCCCCGCAGCCCGGCCCGGCCCACCCUUUGCCCAUCAGCGGCGGGAGGCCUGCUCUCCGCAGCAGCGCUGUCGCUCUGGGUCCCUGGUCCCCGUCCCUCCACCCGCAUGAUCCCUGGCCCCGAGCCCCGUUCCCCAGUG